AUGCAGAAUGAAACGUUGGCAUUGGGAGUAAUAAAGUCUGUCCAGAAACUAUACCUCGAGGUGCAGUUACCCAACGGAUUUUUGGGUCGAGUUAACAUAUAUGAUGUGAGUGAUAAGUAUACUGAACUUUUGAGGGAAUCUGCGGAGACUGGUAUCAUACAGGAUGAUCUUGUUGAACUCUCGGAUAUGUUCAAAGUUGGUCAGACUGUGAGAUGCUUUAUUAAGGAAGCUGACAAUAGUCGUGGGAGUGGUUCCACUAAAAGAUAUCUCGUCUCAUUAAACCCGAAAAUGGUGAAUAAAGCUGUGAUAUCCAAGCAUGUUAAACCUCAUAUGGUAUUAGUCGGGUCUGUCGUUAGCCUAGAAGAUCACGGUUAUAUAUUAGAUUCUGGUGUUGCUAGAAUCAAUUGUUUCUUACCCAAAGACCAAAUUGAUGUUAACCCUAAUAUUGGCAGUUUGAUUCCCUUUACUCCAUAUGUGUCAGAUCCUGUGGUAGAUAGUAGCUGUAAACGAGUUUUGAAAGUAACCACUCGUAUAGAUCCGACUUUAUCUCUGUUGAGUCCUGAUUCUCGUGUAAACUUUGACUGCUUGCUCCCUGGUACCUGUCUCCAUGCUUCAAUUAUCAAGAAGGUUACGUCUACCUUAGUUGCAGAGUUUUCAGAACAUUUUAUAUCAAUCUCGCGCACCCACUACAUCGGAAACAAAGAAGAUUAUCAAAUAGGAGCCAAGGUUGUUGUUUGUAUCAUAUUGGUAGAUCCCAGUACAAAACAAUUGACGGGCUCUCUACUUCCUCAUCUAGUCAAUCCGAUCCCCUCUGUUCUCAACAUUUCGGAGAUGCUCUCUAAGUGUCCUGUUGGUACACGUUUCUCAGGUUCUUUGGUAGAGCGUGUAAACAAACGCGCUGUACUUGUCAAAUUACCUAAAACAAAUGGACUCAAAGCAGUUAUCAGAAUACCUAAAACAGGGACAAAAAAUAGCGAAAAUUUCAAGUCACUAGUUGUUGGAUCAAAAUUGACAUGCCGUUUAACUGAUCAUGACUUUUUAGAGAACGUAGCUGUAGCUACAACAAACAAGAAAUUGUUGAGUGUACCGUUUUUGUCUCUUCAUGAACUCAAACCUGGGGAUAAAGUGUCGGCUGCCGUUAAGCGUUAUUCAAAAACUGGUAUUGUCGUCCACCUAGAAGGACGACUUCAUGGACUUAUACCGUAUCUACACACAACUGAUAUUAAUCUUAAGGAUUAUAGAGAGAAAUUUAAAGCAGGAGAAAAAAUUUCUUGUUUAGUUUUACAACUUGACAAAUGUGCCAAUAAAUUGAUUUUAACCGCAAAACCAGGCUUAUUAAAUACUGAAUUCCCAAUAUUUGGCAGUCACGAAAUGUAUUCUGCACUGAAAAAUGGCAAUAAUAACCAACUAUUGAUUGUAGGGUUCAUUGUUAAGGUUAGCGAUAAAGGUUUACUCGUUUCUGGUUUGGAUAAUAUUCGUGGAUGGAUACCUAGACGUGAAACUGGACUAGCUGAUGAAGAUAUUUUACAGACAAACUUUUACCGUGGACAAGUACUGAAGAUGAAAUUUAAACGUGAGAUUAAUAUUACAUCAGAAAGUAAAGUAGAAAAAGAUGGUCAAAGUAUACGUUCAAAGUAUAUGCUUUCUUUAAAGUUCCAUUCUAAGGAAACGAAAAACACACAAUCGAUAUUUUUGAACUCUGUGCAAAUUGGUCAGCUUUUCAGGGCUACUGUAAAUCAAGUACAAGACACUGGAAUAUCGCUUAACCUUUAUGACAAUAAAAAUAUCAACAAUACUGUCACACCUGCGCUUGGUACAGGAUUUUUGUCAUUUAGUCAAUUAUCUGAUUAUGAAUCAAAUCAACAGCUUCUAAGUCGAUAUGUAAAAAAUAUAAAACCUGGUUCUACACUUAAUUGGGAUCAUUCUGCGCGUGAUGUAGUCGUUAUUGAUAAGGGAAAACAAACUGUCAUUUUAUCUGCUAGACCAACACUAAUUCAAGCAGCUAGUGAUUUAAAAGCAAAUACUAAUAUUGAUGUUGAUAUGGUGGAUUCAGAAGCAUCUGACAAAAGACCUGGUUUCUUAAGAACAUUUGAUGAAUUACAAGUUGGUAGUCAGUGGUUUGCUUGGGUUUCACAUCACAAGGACUAUGGUGUAUUUGUUCACUUUCCUGCUGGAAUAUAUGGUUUGGCACCGAAGCAUCUUUUAUCUGAUUUUCGUACUCAAUCUAAUACAAGCUGGAGUGAAUUGUAUCCAGUUGGUGCAACCGUAAUUACGAAGAUCAUUGAAGUAACUCCUGAAAAACGUCAUUGUUUGAUAAGCUUGAAAAUGUUUGAUAUAUACAAUGCUAAAGAAUAUUAUGUUGGUGAAGCGAUACACUCACUAAACUACUAUCUAACUGAAAGGGAAUGGAUUUCACAGAAACACGAACUACUAGGUUCUUUUCGUAUUGGUGAUCAUGUUCAUUUCAAAGUUGAAGAAUUAGAAAAUUCUGUAAUUUUUGGUAAGGCAAGUAAACUAUCAGAGAAAAAUCCCACUAAGCAACACACAUGGGUGCCAGCUAUGGUGUAUGUGGCAAAUUCAAAUAAUACGGAUUGUGUAGUUUCUCAAACGUACUCAGGUAUUGUAUGCUUUAUUGAUCAUGAAAAAUCACGGUUGGAAGUUGUCUUAUCCUCCUGGUUGGUGAACAGUAUAAAUACAAGAAAAGAAAAUAUAUCUAGUUGUAUAAAACAGAAACAACAAAUAUCAUCUGUUGUACUAGCAUAUCGAAGUCGUGACAUAGUUGUUCUUGGUUUACGUGGUCACGCAGCUGGGUUGUUAGGUGUUGUACCAGCAAGACGUACAUUCAAUGAUGUAGUGGGUGGGAACGCUUGGGUUAUUGGUCAACGAAAUAAAAUAACUUUUAGACAAUCAUUCCAACAAGAAAGCAGUUCAACGAAGUUGCAAUUGUGUACUUUAACAAUCUAUGAUUCAAUUGAAGAUAAUCAGAUGGAAACGACUUCAGAGAAACAAAAUAACUCAACCAGUAUAACUAAUGAGGAAAACAGUGGCAUAUUAAAUAAAUCAAAUCUCAUUACUUUUCAAGCAGGUCAACAAAUUUCUGAUCUCUACUUUGUUAGUAUUUCUGCUCAAACAGCAUUUUUCGCUGUUGGCUCAAUUAAAGGUCCACAUGUAUAUUGUCAUUUAAUCAAUUGGGAUAAUACUGUUAAAUCUAUCAGGGCAUUUUCAAGUCAUCCACCUGAGGUUGGUACGAAAAUUGAAAGGAUUGCAACUGUUUUAUUCUCUUACCUUGAUGAUAAACUAAUUCUUAGGCGUAAAAAUGCGGGAUUUCGUUCGAAAAUCUCAGAAAUCACCUUCCUUGAUAAACCCAAAGUAUCCGUUGGACAGGUAGUCUGCGCACAGGUAUCCCGUUUAAAAUCCGACUAUUGGACUGUUUUUCUACCUGGCCGUGCUAGUGGACGUUUGCAUGUUACUGAUAUGAAUUAUUCAGAUUUAGAUGUUAAGCCAUUGGAUUUAACUGAAACGUCUAAUGAUUCUGCGUUACCGUCUUCAUCAUCAAGAAUUUUUAAUAUUCACGAACACUCGAACCAAAUCAAAGCACAUUAUUUCAUUACUUGUCGAAUCGUGGAUCAAUGCCAAAAUGUCAAUACGAAUUCUGAUGAUAUCUUUGAUGUCAACGAUACCAGUGAAAUUAUAUAUUUCGUCUCCAAUAAAGUUAAACUGUUACGAGAUCCUGUUGAAUCAAACACUGAACAACAGUCAGUUAAUAAACUACCUGAUUUUGAUGUACCAGUUGAUGGAUUUGUUAAGACUGUUCGUCCACAUGGACUUGUAUUGUGUUUAUCUCGAACUACGGAUAUUCUGGUUCCUUUUCCCCCCAAUUUGAAAAAUCAACUGAGUAUUUGUGGAAUCUGGUUUAAAGCUGGUGAUCAUCUUCUUGUUCGCCCUAAGAGGCUCAUCAAUGAUAAUCUUGUCGGUGAAUUAGUUUGUGAUAAUUCUAAUAAUUGUGAACAUCUUUCGGAGGAUUGUAUGAAUGAGCUUGUUAAAAAAUUACUCAGUGAAGUAUCCACUCAAAAAAACACUAGUGAAUCACAAAAACGAGAAUUAAUUUUUCAUGAUGAUUUGAACGAAACAUCUAACAGUUUAGAGUUAAUGAAUUGUGAACCUACUUCAAAUGCAAUUCCGAUUAGUAAAGAGAAUAUACUAAAACAAAGCAAAAAGAAAAAAACCGUGACUAAAACAAUAAAAGAACAUUCUGCUGUUACUCAACAACAUGAUGGCAGUCAGUCACGUAAAAGAAGGCUAACUGACUUAGAUGAAUCAUUAAAUGAUGGAGAGCUAUUCAACGCUAAGUCAACUUUUAUAUCAAAGAGUUCUAAGAAAAAACAACCUCGUCUAGAAGAUGAAACUAAUCUACUUAGUAAUGAAUCUAUGAAUGAUGUAAAAAUUAAGGUCAAAAGUAAAAAAUCAAAUAAAUCUGUAAAUAAUAUACAGUCAUCAUUUGUAUCUUUGAAUAGUGACAACAUUUUCUCUAAAAAUUUACUUAAACGUUAUGAAAAAUUUAUGUAUCCUGAUAAUGAAAAUGGAUUUGAUGAUGAAAUGCAGACACAUAAAACACUCGAAUCAACAGAUCCAAACAAUGAUGAACAUUUGAAUAUUGAGAGAAAUGAUAAAAAUGAGAGUCAGGCUGCCAAGGAAUGGCGUUUACGAGAUAUGGAGAUGCGCAAAGCUAUGUUAGCAGAAUUGACCACUGAACAACAAUAUCUUCCUAAGGGACAAUUACAUCCACAAUCUACAGAAGAAUUUGAAUUAGCCGUUCGUAAUAUGCCAUCAAAUGAAUUUUGUUGGAUUGCUUAUAUGACACACGUAUUGUCAAGCAAAGUAGAUCAUCAGUCUAUUAAUAGUAGUCUUAAUAAAGGAGUUAUUGAUGCUCGAGCAAUUGUUGAACGUGGACUACGUGCUAUAUCAAAUUCUACCAGUAAUAAUCAACUGACAAAACAAUCUCGUUUACUCACAUCGUAUUUAAUUAUGGAAGCGAAAGAAUUGGAACGUCUCACCUGUCUUCAGAAACAACAACAAUAUCAUAUGUCGUCUUCAACAUCUAUGUCAGAUAUAGUAAUAGAAAUUAAUCAUCAGUCAAAACGUGUUUCCCAAUUACUAACACAAUUGUUAAAUUUAAAUCAAGCUCCGUUUAUUAGAAAAGCUAUCGAUACUCUUUCAGAUAUUGGUCAUCAUACCCGCGCUGAGGAAUUAGCUCGCCGCCAAAUCAAAUCUUGUCCAAACGAUGUUGACCAUUGGCUUUCACUUAUAAGAGUUCGAUUUCGAGCUGGUAAUGUCGAAGCUGCUCGAGAAGCACAACGAAAUUCGGCCUCGCUGUUAAAAUCUUCUCUUCUUCCACAACUUGCUAUUGGUGUUGCGAGAAUUGAGUUUGAAUAUGGCGAUGUUGAUCGUGGAAUACGCUUGCUACAAGAACAAUUAACUGUUCAUCCUAAACGUAAACUUCUGUAUGAAGAAUGUAUCAAAUUACUAAUAAUGAACGGCAAAACUAAAGAAGCCAGAACUGUUCAACAGCAAGCUGAGAAAAAUUUAAAACCUGUCCAAUGUACCACGUUAAAUUCGUUGUUUGAAGGUCAAGUGACAUGUUGA